AUGGCAUUACCCACAUUGAGUCGAUUGCAACUUACACCUGAUAUAAACAUUUGUCGAGUUUUAAAUGGAAUGUGGCAAGUAUCUGGUGGUCAUGGACGUAUCGAUCCAACAGCUGCUAUUCAAGAAAUGUUUCGUUAUGUGGAUGCUGGCUUUACUACUUGGGAUUUAGCGGAUCAUUAUGGACCAGCGGAAGACCUCAUGGGCGAAUUCAGACGGCAGUUACUCGCUACUCGUGGUAAAGAAGCUUUAGAUCAUUGGGGUGGAUGGCAAUUAUUUCAAGAAUUGCUUGUUGUUCUCAAACAAAUUGCAACUAAGCACACUGUUAGCAUUGCUAAUGUUGCUGUGCGUUACAUUUUAGAUAAGCCAGCCAUAGGAGGUGUAAUUAUCGGUGCCAGAUUAGGAUUAAGCGAACAUUUGCAGGACAACGCCAGAGUAUUCGAAUUCAGUCUCGAUGACGACGAUCGUCAGCAGAUCGAUGCAGUAUCUCAAAAAUCACGAGAUUUGUACCGCGCCAUUGGUGACUGUGGUGAUGAAUAUCGAUAA